AUGGUUUCCAGUUACUUCUUCCCAUGCCUGUCUCUCAUAUUAUGUUUUGCCUAUUGCACUACAUUCUCGGUUAUACACCCUCCAAAGGGAGAUGCACGUGAUGCUGAUGCUGGUGAAUUGAGGGAGGACAUUCCAGCAAUAAAUUUAGCUGCUGGCCAUAUCUUUCAGGGGGAUAUCUUACUGCCAAAUGACCGUAAUGCACUGAGAAAUGAGAUCUACAGAUGGAAGUUCCCUAUUCCCUAUAUUCUGGGUGAUGACCUAGAUCUGAAUGCCAAGGGAGUCAUACUUGAAGUGUUUGAAAUGUUCCGUCUUAAGUCUUGUGUGGAUUUCAAGCCAUACGAAGGAGAGAGCUCCUAUAUACGAUUUCAAAAAUCUAAUGGGUGCUGGUCCAUGGUGGGUGACCGACAGACUGGACAAAACCUUUCCAUUGGGCAGUGGUGUGACCAUAAAGCUAUUGUAGAACAUGAGCUCUUACAUGCAAUGGGAUUUUAUCAUGAACAGUCAAGGACAGACCGGGAUGAUUACGUGAACAUCUGGUGGGAUGAAAUUCUUCCAGGCCAAUCUCACAACUUUGUGAAGUACGACAACAUGUUAAUCUCUGACCUGAACACCCCUUACGAUUAUGAAUCAGUAAUGCAUUACGAGCCAUUAUCAUUUAACAAAAACGAGGGUGUCCCAACAAUCACUGCGAAGAUACCAGCAUUUAAUGACAUUAUUGGGCAGCGCUUGGAUUUCAGCACCGUUGACUUAGAAAGACGGAAUCGCAUGUACAACUGCACUUCCACUCACACCCUUUUGGACCAGUGUGCUUUUGAGUUUGCCAAUAUCUGUGGCAUGAUUCAGGGCACCAGAGAUGACGCAGAAUGGGUCCAUAAGAAGAGCAGCCUCGCAGGAGAAGAAGACCACACGCUCCUCGGACGCUGCAAAGAUGCUGGUUCUUCCAUGUACUUCAACACUAGCUGUGGCCAGGCAGAAGAUAUGGCUCUCCUAGAAUCCCGGAUCCUUUACCCAAAGAGAACUCAGCUGUGUCUCCAGUUUUUCUAUAAGAUCUCCGGAAGCCCCUUGGACAAGCUUGUCAUCUGGGUUAGAAAGGACAAUGGCACCGGAAUUGUUAACACACUGGUUAAAGUCAAAACCUUUCAAGGAGAUAGCGACCACAAUUGGAAAAUUGCCCAUGUGACCCUCAAUGUUCAAGAGAAGUUCAGAUACGUCUUCCAAGGACUCAGGGGCAAUCACAACAGCUCAUCUGGUGGAAUUUUUAUUGAUGAUGUCACCCUAACUGAGACACCGUGCCCUGGUGCUGUAUGGCUCAUUCGGAACUUCACCCGCAUUCUCCAGACUUCUGUUUCAGGCUCUGUGAUGCGUAGUCCCCGGUUUUAUAGCCCUGAGGGCUAUGGUUAUGGAAUAACUUUGUAUCCUCAUGGCACAUCUAAUUCCUACUUUCCAAAUUACACCCGCAUUUCUUUUCACUUGUGCAGUGGAGAGAAUGAUGAUGUUCUGCAAUGGCAGAACAGACAAGCUAUUAUAACGGUGCUAGACCAGCACCCUGACAUCAGGAACAGGAUGUCCUCGAGCAGGAGCUUCACGACAGACAAGAGCCAGGUUUUGCCGAAUAAAAAUGAUACUUCAAUAUGGGAUAAACCAUCUGUGGUUGGAACAUUCGACCCUUCAUGCAACUGUAACAGAAGCUUAGACUGGGGGUGGAGUAAUUUCAUCUCUCACAAACAGCUGAGACAGAGGAAUUUCCUGAAAAAUGAUGACCUCAUUAUUUUUGCAGAAUUUAAAGAUCUAACCUAUCUCAAAAAGACUGAAGUCCCUAUUAAACCAGCCCAAUCCAUCACCAAAGGCCUCAUUCUUGAAAGGCAGAGGAGAUCAGCCCUGGACACUGGCCCCCUUGAAGACUGGUCAUCCUACAUGAGAGACCCGUGUGAUCCAAAUCCUUGCCACAAUGAUGGAGUCUGUGUGAAUGUGAAAGGGAAAGCAAGCUGCAGGUGUCCUUCAGGCAACAGCUUCUUCUAUACAGGUGAGAGAUGCCAGGUGGCACUGGUCCAUGGGAAUCUCCUUGGAAUGAUGGUUGGUGGAGCUGCCGGAACAGUAGUAGUAAUUAGCAUAAUUGUUUCCAUGCUAACUAGAAGAUAAAUGCUUCAGCUUGAUGAUUUUCCUGGAGCUUGGGAGCAUCUGGUUUUUAAUGAAAACAGAUGCAGGAAUAAAAUAUGUAGAAACUCUCAAGAUAUGGAUAUAGAAAUGUUCUACUAA